GCACACUCAAUUCAUUGUCUUCAGUAGUCAGAAGCAAUAAACAAACAAAUUGUGAUUAAUGAGAGAAAUCGCUUUGUUUGUUUCAGUUACACUACACAACAAUUUCAUUUUAUAAUACCUCUCACUAACUCCCAUUCAUCACCAUGGCUUUCACCAACGUUUUCAUCGCUCCUUCCUUCACAAUCCACGCUGGUAGGGUUUCCGAUCUGCGCUCCAUUCCUCUGUUCUCUCCUCCCUCUCACACCUUCUUCCGCUCCCGAACCUUCGUCUCCAAGGACAAGAAUAUUCUAUAUGCCUCUGCUUAUGAUUUGAAUGCAGUUGGUUCAGCUUCGCUGAAAUCCAGUGAAAAUACUGAUAGUGUUCCUAUGCCAAUAGUUCUGAUUGAUCAAGACUCAGAUUCUGAGGCAACAAUUGUGCAGCUUAGCUUUGGAGAUCGCCUUGGAGCACUUCUUGACACGAUGAAAGCAUUAAAAGAUUUGGGAUUGGAUGUUUCUAAGGGAACUGUCUCCACAGAGGGAGCAGUAAAGCAAACAAAAAUUUUCAUUACAGAAUCAGACACAGGGCGCAAAGUUGAAGAUCCUGAUAUGUUAGAGAGAAUUCGACUUACCAUUAUUAACAAUUUGUUGAAAUACCAUCCUGAGUCCAGUGAACGACUAGCGAUGGGUGAAGUGUUUGGCAUAAAAGCUCCAGAGAAGAAGCUUGAUGCUGAUAUUGCAACUCAUAUACAAGUUAAGGAAGAUGGGCCCAAGAGGAGCUUGCUGUAUAUAGAGACAGCAGAUAGGCCUGGAUUGCUUGUUGAAAUCAUCAAAGUCAUUGCAGAUGUGAACAUUGAUGUGGAGUCGGCUGAGAUUGAUACAGAAGGUUUGGUUGCUAAGGAUAAAUUUCAUGUCAGUUAUGGGGGUGCUGCAUUGAACAGUUCAAUGUCUCAGGUUUUGGUGAAUUGUCUACGUUACUACCUCCGGAUGCCAGAGACAGAUAUUGAUAGUUACUGAGCCAUACCUUAAGGAACCACCUUUACUUGUAAAAUAAGCCAAUGUUACGGUUCUUAUACCAAAUCGCCAAUGAGCUCGAGAUCACCUAUGAGUAGUAGAUCUCAAUUUUAAAUCUGGCAACUUUACUGCCACCAGAUUAUGGAAUGAGUACAUGUUGUCUGUGGAAUGAAUACCUGUAACUAAUAUGAAACAUGAAUUUUGUCUCAUUUCCUCCAAGAUUUCUAUGAUUUUAUUCUACUUCAUACUUCACAAAGACUUGAUCUCCUCGAUAUGGAACAUAUCUUUAUAUGGAAAGCUAGGCCACUUAAUUUGCUUGGAUAAAGAGAAUUGUUUCAAACCAUCGAUAAUAUUGAUAUUGUUGAUUUCCUCUUGUUUUCUUUUUGUUCUAAAAACUCAAACAUAGCAUUAGUAUAAAAGAUUCUUUUUAAUAUAAAAAAAAAGAAUAAUUGGAGAUAAAUUUUGCUAAUUAUAUGCAAGAAUAAUAGUUAGUUAAAAUGUUAAAAUUAAUUUAAAUAUGCUUUUAGUUUUUAUAAAUAUGACUAUAUUUAUUUUUAGUCAUGUAAAUUUUUUUUUUGUUAGUUUUGGUUUUCAAAGUUUCAAUAAAACUUUUAAAAAUGGUCCGUUACUUUUCUGUGAUAACAUGCUACGCAUUUAACUAUGUUAUGUUAGCAAAUAUUUUGUGGUGAUAAGUAAUGCAAUAUGUCUAAAUGCAUAUUCCAUUAAUAAGUAUUAACAAAUUAUUUUUAUGAAAUUUUAAAUUUGCAAGAACCAAUAUUAACAAAAAUUUUUACCUUUUCAAAAUUGUUUCAUGUGAAUUCAUUUGUAAAAACUAAAAUUGCUUCGAAUACUAUAGGGGAACUUCGAGGACAACUUUGUGCAUUAAAUCUAACAAGAUCAAAUCUGUAAGCCAAAAAAUAAAAAAAGAGUAACAAAAAAGGAUCAAAUCCGAAUAACUGAAAAGGAAAUCAUUUAGCUAUGAGUUACUGAGCUUUAUGUCGACAAUUAAGUAUUAACACCGUAACCCCAAAAAAAUUUAAAAGUCAUAGAAAAGGAUCAAAUCCAAGAAGCUAAAAAGGAAAUCCCUUAGCGUGGGGGCCAGCUCUAUUCUCGAGUUAUGUGCUAUUGAGAUUUAUGUGACAAAUCUGCUAAGUUUCUCCAAUAUGUGCAUAGUGACAAAUGUUGGGAGAUUAUCUUAUAUUUUAUAGGGCUAAGACUUGUGCCUAUGGUUGUUAUGUCGAAGCAAGUCUUGCUUUUGUUAGUGGUUUUCCUAAUUAACGUUGAGUAUGCUCGGAAUACUGGCAAUGU